CUGCCGAUUUUUCACAUGAUUAAAAAAAAAAAAUAUUCGCGAAUUCAACCAGAUGAUGGAAGUCAUCAGUCGCAAAACCCCUGAUAAUUGACAAAAGAGAUUUGCUGUACCGACAAAUGGUAGACAACAUAGUGUUACAAGGGUCACCUACAAUGUUGGCAGUAUCAAGAGCAUGACAAUUGAAGGUUAGCUUGAAUGAAAACGCGUGUGAAAUCGAUGUCAAUAAAUAAGAGCACACGGUUGAUUCUUGUGAUUUGAAAUGAUUUGUGCAUAAAUUUCCAAAAGUUUAAUUAUCAAAUUCAUUGAAUACUCAAUUACCGGACAACAAUGGCCCAAAGUUCACUGAGUUUAGCAGAGAAAACAUUUAUUCUACAUGGAGUUGAUGCGGAUUUUCGAACCGAUGGUCGCUCUCGAUUAGAAUACCGUGCAUUAGAGAUCGAAACGAAUAUAAUGCCACAGACGAAUGGCUCAGUUCGCCUGAAAAUAGCAAAUACUGAUGUCCUCGUGACCGUCAAGGUUGAAUUGGACACUCCAUCCCUUGACCGACCGAACGAAGGCAAGCUGGAGUUCUUUGUCGAUUGUUCAGCCAAUGCAGCCCCGGAGUUCGAAGGAAAAGGUGGUGAGGAGUUGGGGACUAAGAUCAGCAAUGUAUUAUCCAAUGCUUAUCGAUCUGCCAGUACUCUAGACCUGAAAGUAUUGAGUAUUUUGCCUAGUAAAAAAUGUUGGAAGAUGUAUGUCGAUGUAUUGAUUCUGCAGUGCGAUGGGAAUUUAAUUGACGCGAUUGGAGCAGCAGUGAAGUGUGCUCUUUUUGCCACAGAAAUACCAAAAGUCUUAACCGCCGCAGUAGACGGUGACGACAUAGACCUUCAGUUGUCAGACGAUCCAUUUGACUGUGUCAAAUUGAAUGUCGAGAAUUAUCCAGUUCUCGUCACUUUAUGCAAAAUUGGAGAUAAUUUCGUGGUGGAUCCAACAGCCGACGAAGAGCUGUACGCAGCCGCUAGCCUAGUGAUGUCAGUCACACCAAACGGAAGAGUUACCUCAAUUGUCAAAACCGGAUAUGGAAGUCUCCAGCCAUCAACACUGAUCAAGACUGUUGAGUGUGGUAAAGAAGUUGGCAAGAGGCUGAAUGAUAGACUCAUGGAGGCAUUGAGAAAAGAAGAAGCCACCGGACCACAUCGUCCAAUCUUUGGUUUUCUUAGAUAAUAUUCCGACAUUUGUUUUUUUUCGAAUUAUAAAU